UUGUCAAUAUUUUUUUGGAAUUGAUGGGCUUGAUCCAGCAUCAAUGUUUAGCAAAAUAAGCAUGGUUUAACACUGUGAAGCAAAUAGUGAGGAAUCCACUUAUUCAACAAGCUAAAAGAAAUAAUAGAAGAAUAUCAGACGCCUUGCUCUCAGAAGAAAGCAUAACUUCAACUUUGUCAGAGGAAAAAGAACAAGGGAAUGUAUAAUUCUAACUCAAAAGAAAAAGCCAUUCCUUUGUAAGCAAACAAUUCCUUCAUUCUUUGUAUAUAAAAUUUUCUUCUUCUUUUGGAAAGAUCAGAAAAACAUCUCCUUUCUCUUCCCCAUCAUUUCCAAAAUGUCCUUUGUUAAUUUUCUGUUUAUUCUAAUACUCCUGCCUUCUUUUCUGCAAGCCUUGUCCAAUGUAACUCCAUCACCGUCAACCCAACAAACUUUAAACGCACAAGAUUUGGUCAUGCAAGCUUGCACUGGUGUUGAAAACCAGAAUUCAUGCCUGUGGAACAUGCGAUUUGGGCUCGAAAAAGCAGGUUCCUCUCAUGCAAAUUCAGUUCUGAAUGCUGCCCUGCGGACCUCCAUCAAUGAAGCAAGGUUAGCCAUUGAUGCGAUCACAAAAUUCAAUGCUUUGUCCAUCAGCUACCGCGAACAAGUAGCCAUUGAAGAUUGCAAAGAGCUUCUCGAUUUCUCAGUCUCCGAGCUAGCCUGGUCCUUGGCAGAGAUGAAGAAAAUUCGAGCAGGAGAUAACGAUAUUAGCUAUGAAGGGAAUCUAAAAGCUUGGCUCAGUGCUGCAUUGAGUAACCAAGACACCUGUCUUGAAGGCUUUGAAGGCACAGAUCGACAUCUGGAGAACUUCGUCAAGGGAAGCCUGAAACAAGUGACACAGCUAAUUGGUAACGUAUUAGCUCUGUAUACGCAGCUCCACAGCAUGCCCUUUAAAGCCUCACGAAACGGUACAGCCACAAAUUCAAUUCGAGAGUUCCCUGAAUGGCUGACAGAAGGUGAUCAAGAGCUCCUAAAGAUCAGUUCUCUCGGCGUGCAUGUAGAUGCUAUUGUGUCCUUGGACGGCAGCGGCCAUUACCGCACCAUUACAGAGGCAAUUGACGAAGCUCCAAGCCACAGCAACAGGAGACACAUCAUAUAUGUGAAGCAGGGUGUUUACAGAGAGAACAUUGAUAUGAAGAAGAAGAAAACCAAUAUCAUGCUUGUAGGCGACGGCAUUGGGAAGACGGUGGUGACGGGGAAUCGCAAUUUCAUGCAAGGAUGGACUACAUUUAGAACUGCUACCGUAGCUGUCUCCGGGAAAGGAUUCAUAGCAAGAGACAUGACAUUUCGGAACACGGCCGGACCACAGAACCAUCAAGCAGUGGCUCUCAGGGUGGAUUCCGACCAAUCAGCUUUCUUCCGAUGCAGCAUGGAAGGCUACCAAGAUACCCUAUAUGCUCACUCUCUCCGCCAAUUCUACCGUGAAUGUGAGAUUUAUGGAACUAUAGACUACAUAUUUGGCAAUGGAGCAGCAGUAUUCCAAAAAUGCAAGAUUUACACAAGAGUCCCACUGCCCUUGCAGAAGGUUACUAUAACAGCCCACGGCAGGAAGGACCCACAUCAGAGCACUGGAUUUUCAAUCCAAGAUAGCUUCAUUUUGGCCACACAACCGACCUAUUUAGGAAGGCCAUGGAAGCAAUUCUCAAGGACAGUUUUCAUUAACACAUACAUGGGUGGAUUGGUUCAGCCUAGAGGGUGGCUUGAAUGGUAUGGUAACUUUGCCUUGAGCACAUUGUGGUACGGUGAGUAUAGAAAUUAUGGGCCUGGGGCGUCUCUAUCCGGCCGGAUAAAAUGGCCGGGAUACCACAUUAUCCGGGAUGCUGCCACGGCCAAGUUCUUUACUGCCGGUCAUUUCAUCGAUGGUAUGUCAUGGCUUCCUUCUACUGGCAUAAAGUUCACAGAAGGUUUGAGCAAUUAAUUAGUGAUGUACAAGGUUAAUUGUUCUCAUGUUGAUUUGUUUGCAAAAUUGUAUGUAUUAAUGACAUAGUCAUAAGCCAAAGGCAGCUUGUGGGGGAAGCAAUUCGGCCCUUAUUCAUCUGUAUAUAUAUUUUUUCUAUAAUUAAAUAAAUACAGUUAGCUAAUUUUGAUUUUU